ACUUGUGCUGGAGAAAGUAUUGGAGUCCAAACUGAAGAGAGGAGAAGUUUGAGAUUUUGUGCAAAGACUUGCCUUGCUCCUUGAAGACAGCAACUCGGGAAAAAUUAGCGCAUAUAUUUUAAAUUGAACAUCUGAGCAGUUUUUGCGCGGUGCACGGCGCAAAGCCUGUAAUUAAUGUUUUUUAAAUAGAUAGCAACACUCUUGGAUAAAGACUCUUGGCUUUAGCUUUAAAAAUCGGAUUAUCUGACUGAGGCAUUGUGCUCAUUAGACCAGUCUACUUUUCCCCCCCUCUUCUUCGCAUUUGAGGUUUUAUGAACUGAAGAGAACACCAACAAUGUUUCUGAGUUUUUGCCUCUUGGUGACAUUUAUCUUGGGGCUGUCCGGAUGCUUGGGCUCAUACGUGCCGUGCGAGCCUUGUGACCAGAAGGCGCUGUCCAUGUGCCCGCCGGUCCCGGUAGGUUGCCAGCUGGUCAAGGAGCCGGGCUGCGGCUGCUGCCUCACAUGCGCUCUGUCUGAGGGACAGGCGUGCGGCGUUUACACCGGGACGUGCGUCCAGGGCCUCCGCUGCCUGCCAAGGAGCGGGGAGGAGAAACCUCUGCAUGCCCUUCUCCACGGCAGGGGAGUGUGCACCAACGAGAAAGGAUACAAACCUGCCCACCCGCCCAUAGAUCAUGAGUCUCGAGAACAUGAGGACCCCAUAACCACAGAGAUUACAGAGGAGCUGCAGCCAGCCAAAGUGCCACUCCUUCCCAAAGACAUUGUGAACAGUAAAAAGGUCCAUGCCCUUCGCAAGGAGCAUAAGAGGAAGCUCGGAAAGCUGCGCUCCAUGGGAUCCCCCAUGGACUACUCCCCCCUGCCCAUUGACAAGCAUGAGCCUGAGUUUGGACCAUGCAGGAGGAAACUGGACGGGAUCAUCCACGGAAUGAAGGAUACUUCACGUGUCAUGGCUCUGUCUUUGUACCUUCCCAACUGUGACAGGAAAGGAUUCUUCAAGCGCAAGCAGUGCAAGCCAUCACGCGGCCGCAAACGAGGAAUCUGCUGGUGUGUGGACAAGUACGGCGUUCAGCUCCCCGGCACAGACUACAGCGGAGGGGACAUUCAGUGUAAAGACCUUGAGAGCAGCAACAACAACAACGAGUGAACGGGGGAAGGACCAUCCCUCGACCCCUACCCCUCCUCCCAUAAUCACCACGUGACCCAGGGCCCACGCCUCCUCUCUUGAACCACACCUGAAUGCUCCGCCCUCUGUACACUUCAAGAGUUUUGUUUUUUUCAAACUGAAAAAAAGGAAGAAAAAAAAAUAAUAACGAAAGGACAGGCUGAAAAGAGACACCUGUAACUUUAUUUUCUUUUUCUUUUUCUGUUGUUGACCAAGCACUCAUCUCAGAAUGAGGGUUAAAGUCCCAGAAGAUUUGCUAGAUCCCUGUGACUGUCGCUCAUGGGACCCCUUGUAUGAGGCGGGACCGCUGGCUGCAGAUCCAUGAAAAUAUAUGCACUCAAUGGAUAUAUUUUUAUAGAAACUGGGGGUUUCAACACAACUCUUUUUAUGAUGUAAAGUUAACAAAAAAUCAUUGUGAAGACAAAAACGUAUCAGGCACAUUGGUUGAAAACAGAUCAGAACAUGAUGCCACUGUGGAACUGACGAUUGGCGGAGUAAUUUGGUUUUUUGUCUGUUUUCCAAAAGAAAAAAAAGAAACAAUAGAUAGGGAAAUGCUGUAACAGUGGACUCUAUCUGGAUAUGUGGUUCUGUCAGAGCACUUAUGAAUAGGGGAACCUGUUUAGAAACUUCACAAAACGACGCGUGCAUGAAUGUGUGUAUGUGUACAGUUUGAGUGUGUGUUAUGUAUCAGCCGGUGUUGGUGUACGGUGGAGUGAGCCUAUUACAAAAACGAAUGUCCUUUUUUUCUUUCUCUUUUGUUUGAUUUUGUCACAACAAGUAUUGCUAGCGCUUGAAGUGGUCUUAGGGCUGGCCUUCUCUAUAACCGAUGUAAAGUAUGUCUCGGGACACAGAGAGAGUGUUUGGAAACAAAAGAGUAAAGCAGAUCGUCACAGAUGAACCUAUGUAAGUGGCUCUUCGACAAUGAAGCUAGCCUGUUAUGCCAACUGUGCCUAUUUAAACAGACACUGCCAUGCAGGGCGACACAGAGCUUAGAGAGCGCUGACUCUACCGGUGAAAUAAAGUGUUUUCAGCUUAACUGAUGGGACUCAAGAUGGACUUUUUCGAGUUGAGUGCAUAAUCAAAAAACUUGCCAGUCAGGCCAGUUGCUUCUCUGAUUCAGUUGUGUGAAGUGUAGUUUUGUAUGGUUUUGUUUGUGCUGUUUUCUUUGCCUUCAGUGAAGUAAAGACUGCCCACUUUUGAGCCAUGUUCCUUGAUCAAGUGGUUUCCCCUCAGUACUGCUACUACAGUGUAACCAUGGUGUAUUACAUUACUUUUAAAUAUAGUUAUUGAAUGUUGUUUUCCUGUAGAAACAUAGUAUGACAACAAUGUAAUUGUGCUUGGAACAAAAAAAAAAGAUUUUAGCCUGUAAAGAAUUUGAAUAGGUCCUUGUAGCCUGUCAGGACAAUGACCCCCGAGUCAUUUGACGACAGGGCAGUCAAAGAAGCUAACCCUCUGAACCCUUCUGCUUGCAUGCCCCCUUGCAAAGGUUAUCUACCUACAUCUAAUGGUGGGUGUGAUCACAACAAAAAGGUUACAGGUUAUAACAGGGUCAUUUAACGUGAGUUUUCUCUCUGUGUGCAAGUCACAGUGCCUUCCUACAUGCAAAUACAUUUAAAUAGUGACGUGAAAGUGACAUAGAUAUCCUUCGGGGCAAUUUCCUUUCUCAGACAGCCCUAGCUGGAUUGAGGGGUGUAGGUUUAGUUCUUAUUAAAAGAAGAACAUUGAAUGUGGUAGAUCUUGUGUCAGCAAUGAAUUGCAAAAGCAUUUAUUAUCUCUGCCUGUACCUUGGGGCAAUUCUGGACAAGACUGAUGUUUGGGGAACUCCCUCUUCUCUUUCUUUGAACAACCAAUAAGCUAAGACUCUUGCUUUUUCAUGUGAAUGCCAAUGUAUAUGAUUGCCAGAGAGGGGAGGCCUAAAGGAUGGUUGGAGGUCAAUCAAGCAUUUCCUUUGCUGCAACAAAAAGAGAAAUCACAUCCUCAACGGCCUCUAGUUGUGAAUACAUUUCUCCUUGCCCCAUUUCCAACACUAAAAUCCCCACUACCACUUUCGAAAAAAAAAGCAGCUUGCACUUAUUUCAGUUACUCACUAUUGAUAUUGACACACAACGACGUCCUACGAUGUGGUAUCAUGAAGUUAGUGGAACAAAAAAAAUGAAAAAAAAAAAAAAAACAGCCACAAAAGCUAAAUGUUGUGUUAUCUUGUGCUUACCUUUCAAAGGUGGUGCUUUGAGGUAAUAUUUGUCGACAGGGGCUGUGCAGCCCAUGCCUGGGACCUCCAUUACAGCAACAUCUUUUAGGGACAAAAUAGAUCAGAGUUAACACACAGGUAGAGAUGUUCUUAUGGCCAAUUGCACAGAAAUGAAAGUUAAGGUAGAAAGGGAGGAAAUGUAUGGAGGAGAGAGGAGAAGAGGAAGAGCAAGCGCCAUGGGCAGUGGUCAUAAUCAGGGCCUAGCCACUACCCCGACAUGGGGUCACCAUAUGCAUGAUGUUAGAUACAGCUAGCAAGACAGUUACAAGGAGUCAUGGGAACCUGGGGAUGUAACACUCGGUACGUUUACAUGCUGAAUGUAAUUGUUGUAUUAGUCUGACAAAAAACUGGACUUCUAGAAUGUAUUUGGCAAACAAAAUCAAACUUUCCUUAAAUUCAGAAUGACACAGCUGCAGUCAAAUAAAUUUAGGCCCGCACGGUGGCUUCAAAGCAAGACAGUUCCAUGUCAGACAGGUCCUGUCUGCGUGGAGUUUGCAUGUUUUCCCUGUCCAUGCAUGGGUGGGUUCUCCGGCUAUCCAAAGGCAAGCUUGUAAGGCUGAUUGGUGAUGCUAAAUUGCCCGUAGAUGUGAGUGUAAAUGUGCCUGCUUGUUUGUCUGCAACUCAGCUGACUGGCCUCCGACUCCCACCCAAUAACAGCAGGGAUUGCUUCAGACCCCCACAUCCUCAAACAGGAUAAGGGGUGUGCUCAGGAGCGAGGGGAUGGGAAGGGUCAGUGACUUGUUAUGGGAAUGGCAGCUGCAUUUGUACAGGCACCUGGGAUGCUUUCCUGGGCCUGAUCCAGCUCAACAUAUACUGGGUGCCCAAGACCCACUGGGCUGGUCCAGGUGCCAGAGGUGACUGCAUUCAUUGUGACGGGGGCAGCUGGAGGAUGCCUAGAGAGAUGGGGCAGGCCUGGACGAUGGCCAUCAGAAGGCCAGAACAGUACAAGACCAAGGUUGUCACGGCGAAGUGGCAAACUGGCAUAUUCUCCCAUACCUGACAUGGUGGUGGCUGCAGAGCAAGACAGUUCCUGGUUCAAAUCCUCGUCCAACAGGGGCUUUAUGUGUGGAGUUUGUAUCAUGCAUACAUGGUUGAGUUCUUUUGGAGUUCUCUGGCUUCCUCCCACAACCCCAAAGAAAAGUUCAUUAGCUGAUUGGUAUUGCUCAAUUGCCCGUAGAUAUGAGUGUAAAUGUGUCUGGUGCUGACUGGCCACCUGUCCAGGUUGUACCCUGCUUCUCGCCCAGUGACAGAUAGGAUUGGCUGUUAAUUCAAUUCCAUUCAAUUCAACUGAGCAACUUCAUUAGAUUAAGUUGAGUUGAAUUGCUUUCUAACUUUUUGGCAUGGUCAAGUGGAAGUAGGCCAAACAGUAAGAAGUUGAAAAAAGGAAAUUUGUCAGUUUUCUCCCAGUUCUGAAACAAAGAAAAUAGUCCAGUUAAGAGCCUGACAAAGCUAUAGCAUCACUUGACUUACCUGUGCAUGUAAACGUACUGACUAGUACCAGCAGUAGAGUAUCGAGAGUUUUUACUCUUGAGUCCAAAAUCAUUGAAACUUUGAAUACUUGGGAAUUCAUCAAAUCGAUGUGUGAAUAUGUUAUCAUUCUAGGUAUUUAGUUCUGUUUUUUGGCUGACAUGCUGAAGUUCAGCCUCUUCCCCAGGUGUACCAUCUCCUACUUGGUUAAAACUCAUAUUCACAUUACAUACUUCAGUAGUACAGUAACGACAGUACAGCUAUCUUUGAGUACAUAAUACUUUCUGGAUGUAAUGAGACAAUAAAAUUGGUUUGCAUAAUUUGGUGUUCACUGGCUUGUGAAAUAGACCCAUCGGUGGCAGGAGGAUAGUGGGAAAUAAAAUGGUCAGUAUUUGGAACUACAUAAAACAAAUAAGAAAAAAGACAAAAAAUCUCAAAUUAUUAAAGUGAAUAUCACUGUGUAAUAUUUAUUCAACUUGUAAUUUAUGUACUCUUUUAACCUUUGUCUUUUUUUGUUAUGACAAAGCAUUUAUUUAAAUAAAGUUAUGUAUUCAUUUAAGCACUCUGGCCAGGUUUUUAUUUCUAGCAUUGCUUUUUGAAAAGGAGUGAGUAGCCACUAAAUUGGCUUGAAAAGAACAGUUUGAAGUGGAAUCAUCCUGAUAGUAAGCGCUGACUAAUCUCCGAGGCACGAGCUGAUAAACCUCUUAGACAUAAGUCUGAGACACCCAGGCUAGCCCACAAGGAUCUCAUGCAGCAUGCAGGAUGUGACUUUAUAAAGCCUCACCCGAGGGCAAGUCACCUGGUUUUCAACACCGUAGUCAGAAAAGAUUGCACAGGAACAAGGAAGUCAUUUACCACAAGUUUGAACUUCAAGAGGGUUUUACAUCUAGCAGGACCAGCUCACUAUUCAAAUGACUGGGAAGAGGAGAUUUAUAGCCUGGAGGAGGCUUCAUCAUGCUAUGGAAACCCUACCUUUAUAAGUGCUUAAAGGCAGAACGGACUCCUCUGAGAAGCACCCUAACACAAAGACAUGUAAAGGCUGCUAAUUCAAGUGCAUUCAGAAGUAUAAGGUAUAAGAAGAAUGCAAUAUAAAUGUAGCUACCAUAUGCUAUGGAUCCCACAAGCAGCAGUGGUAUGUUUUCAUUACCAAAGUGGUACUCUGGUUUAUAUUUGAGUAUUUGCCAGUACAAUUACAAUACAAUCCACCUCACAUCAUAAUCAAUUUAGAAGGUGUACUUUAAUGACAAUUGUACAUGUGACAUCAAUGCUGGCAUUAUUUUUACCCUAAGUUCAAUGAUGGAAAUUUAGCUAAUCCAAAAAUAAGCUGCUCAGCUUGUUUUUAGGCUAAUGUUAGCUGACGUCUUGUCAGUGGUAUAAUGUAGCAACAAUGGGCCCCAGUGCAGGCUGCUAUGAUGGGCUCCUUAGUUUGGAAGCAUGCAUGCACACACAAAUGCUCAAUGUGCAACUGCUCUUCCUGGGGUCCACAAAGGCAAACACUAAAAAUUCAUGUUGAUUACAAUGAUAAAAGUCCAAACAGGAUGAACACACAUGUUAAAAUCAAUAUUUAAACAUGAAUAAUGAUGACAAUACAGCUACAAUAGACAUCACAUAAACCUACAGGCAAUCAAAAAGCUAACCUCUCAUUGGCUUAUAUUACAUGUUGAAUAUUGUUUCCUUUUACUGCAAUGAGUACAGUAACUACACAUGAUACACAAAAGAUAACCAAAAGAUUCUAAAACUAUAAUCAAAUAUUUCCAGUUUGAUUGAGCCUAUUUGGGGAGACCACUAGUUAACUUUGUGAUGUCUGAUGGAAGAUUAUUCCACAUUUUCAUACCUCUAAACAUGAAUGUAUGCUGUCCUGAGUUAUAUACAUAUAUAUACAUACCAUAUAAAUAUGGUACCAAGCUAAUGUUUAUUUGAUUGGGUGGGCUUCAAUAGUUUUUAUUGUAUAUGCAGAAUUAUGCCCUAUUCACACAGGAUUGGUAUUACCUAGGGACCUCUGGUCAUUUUUAAUAAUCCUGCAGGACGUCUGUGUUUGUAUGCAAAUCAACCACGACUGUAAUUUGCAUAGUAAAUGUUCCAGAACAAAUUACCGAUCAUAUUUCAGAGGUGGACAGAGAUGUACAGGUAAUACUAAUCCCAUGUAAAUCUGCAUCUCUGUAAUUCAAGGUUGUAAUUAUGUUUCUUGUAUUUUUUUUUAAAUCUAUGUGCUUUUCAUGUGACUUUUUCUAGUCAGCCUAUGUGUAAAAAUGUCUUUUAAGCUGUGCUUUCUUCAUAUGCCCACUGCUUCUGCUCUGCUUCCUGCAGUUUCUCUUUGCAAGUGUCUGAUCUUAUAUCAGUCAUUUAGCCGUUCAUUUCAUGUAUAACACAAUUUACGAUUUGAAAUGUGACACUCAACAUUCAGAGGUUAAGCUGUAAAAGCUAAUCUGUGCAAGGAGGGUUGUUGUGCAUGCAUAAUGGUACCAAAUUUAGAGCGCAGAAAAACAUCAACAGCAUCAAUGGAAUAAAACUGUUACAAGUACCAGGAGGGGUUCAUAUUUAACAAUAGACGCCUCCCUUUCACUUACAUUAACAGGAGGGAUGCACAACUCUGUUUCCUCCUCAGCUGCAGAUACGCACAGGUGACUUACACAACCUUGAUGCACAAUGGGAGAGUAAGAGGAGAUAUUUCACUAGUUUAUUAGUCAUGGGCAGCUUGCUACAGAUCUAAAGAAUGUUAAAAUAUAUGUAUAGAGUGAUAGGGAAAAAUACUUAAGCGCAUGGUGUCUGUUGUAAACUCUGGUUAUUAACAGUAUGCAUUGGACAAAUAAAGGAAAGGUGGGAUUGCAAUAUGGUUGGAGAUUCACAUUCCUUUUUUGGCGCAGAAAGGAAAAAUCAUAUUUUACUAUUCAACCCCAACAACUAUUGAAAACAACUGCCCAGUGCAUUAAAUAAACAUUGCAUUCAUUACAUUGAACUUUUGCUUGAGAGGACAAAGAUAACCUCAGUAAAUAAGAAAUGCAGCUUUUAGAUUAUGAUUUCAUUUAUUAAAUGAAAAAAGCCUGCCAAAGCUGCCUGGCCCUGGCCAAACCCAUAACUGAUUGUGCCACCUUAGGCAGCAACAGCUGCAAGCAAGCAUGUGGAGGACUUUUGGCCCACCUCACAUUAGGGGGUGUUUUAGCAUAAACAGCUUGUUUAAGGUCAGGUAACAGCAUCUCUAUCAGAUUUAAGUCCAGACUGUUGUCUGGUCAGUACACAGAAUAUUUUCCCAAAAGUUUUGAAGAUUAUCAAGAUGUUAUUGGUCAAAAAUGAGACAAGCCUUUGUGUCCUUUUGUUCAGCAGUGGUUUGGGCCUUGGAACGCUCGGGUAGAUGCCAUUUUUGACCAGUCUCUUUCUUAUUGUUGAAUCAUGAACACUGACAACUGGACGUAUUGCAGGUCUUUGGAUGUUGUUCUGGGUUCUUUGGUG